UCAAGGCAUGGUGACGGAUAUGAGGGUCGUCAGGCCGGUCAUGCCGGUGAUGGAUGUGAGGGAUGUGAGGAUGGGCGGCGGGUCGAGGGGAGGGGGGCGGACCGCCGCUUUCUCUUCGGCAGCUGUGAUGCUAGGGUACUCCUCGAUGUCGACGUCUAUGACCGAUCCGCCAUUGCUGUACUCGAUCGACUCCAACGUCUCCCCCGCCGGCUCAGUUUGCCCCGCUGUGACCGCUGCGGCUCUCCGGCCUUCGCUGUGCCCCUCCACCAAUGCCGUAACGAUAUUGUCGAUCACCAACGGCAGAGUGCACUUCCUGAGACCAGGGUACACUGGGAUGCCCUCGACCAGCCUACCACGCCAUGUAGGCUUGUCAGCACGUGGGAUGCGGAGGCCUCGGGGGUACUUCGCGAUAAUAGAUCUGAGCUGUGUGAGCUUCCGCCCCCACUCGAAGGCGUCACUGAAUGAGAGGCCGCACCAGAAGCGCCGCUCGGCCGCGUCGUGGGUGUCCAUGACCAGCUGGGUGAUCUGGCAGCCGACGUGGCGCCACAGCCGCUGGGGCAGCGCCGCCACGAAAUGAAGCGAUAGAAACGAAAAGACGUAGGCGACGACAACAGGCUGAAUGGACAACACACACCGCACAGAGAGAGAGGAGACAAUGAAGAUUUGUGUGUUUGCCUGUGAUUCGUUUGGUGCAUCUUACAAUCUGGCCGAAGUGAUGAGCAAAGGUCUCCAGAUCUAUGCUGUGCGAUGCCGUGGCCUGCUGCUGCUGCUGGCCAUCUGCGUCCACCAUGGCUUCCUCGUGUGCAUGAUCGUCUUCCUCUCCCUCGGCUGCCCGCCUCUGCCGUUUCGCACAGGCAGCUUCUUCACUCAUCGUGAUGCCUGUUUCUCGUGUACGACGCGCAGAUCCAUCAGCAGCCGCCAGUG